GUUGAUGUGGCGUCAAGUGACGUAAAAUCUUAUUUGCAGCGCUUUCUUCACGCUGUUCUCACGUGUAAAUCUAAACAUGGAGAUGUCCAGCGCUGAAAGCAUAACUUAUAACAAGGAUCAAGAUGAGACCCAAUCUGGAAGAGAGAAAAUGGAGGUGGACAAUAACAAUUCAACUUUUCAGACUGAACCGAAAGUUGAUCAGAGCUCCAGUUGCCAACUUGGACCAGCAGGAGAAAUGUGCAUCAGUAAUCAGUCUGGACAGACAGGAGAUCAGUGCACCAACGUUCAGUCUGAAACGUGCACCAGUAGUCAAUCUGGACUGAAAGUAGAUCCGUGCCCCACCGUUAAUUCUGAACUGACAGGAGAUCAGUGCUCCAGUAAUCAGUCUGAGCAUAAAGUAGAUCAGUGCCCAAGUAUUCAAUCUGAGCAUAAAGUAGAUCAGUGCCCAAGUAUUCAAUCUGAGCAUACAGUAGAUCAGUGCCCAAGUAUUCAAUCUGAGCAUACAGUAGAUCAGUGCGACAGUGUUCGGUCUGAACAGACCGCAGAUCGGUCCCCAAAUAUCCAAUCUGAACACAAAGUAGAUCAGUGCACUAGUAAUAAGUCUGGACCUGCAGAGAUGCUUUGCGGAACUGUGGUAAGUCCUCUCCUUGGCACUGGAUCCUUGGCUCUUUUGAGUAUGCAGUACAGAGGAAACAGCUCAGAUGACAACAGCUCAGACAGUGACUCAGACUCCUCGUCCUCCUCAUCCUCCUCUUCAUCAUCAUCAUCCUCCUCCGAGCCUUUAAUAAUAAAUCACGUUGAAGAUGAUGAUGGUGUUGCCAUGGGCAAUGGGAAGGGGCCAGCACCAGUGAAAACCCAAGAUGAGCUACUUAUAGAGGACCUUCCUGUAGUGGAGAACCUGACUAUAAGCCUUCCAGGAGAUACAGCGAUGGAGCCCAUUGGGACGAUAUCAAGCAUUGUAGAGCAAUUAGUGAUCGUGGAGUCAUACAAGAACACACCACCGCUGAAUGUGGACAGUGUGCUAUUCAGCAAAGACAGAAUCUCUAUUGGCAAGGUUUUUGAAGUCUUUGGUCCAGUUUGUCAGCCCUACUACGUUUUGAGGUUCAACUCUCAUGAAGACAUUGACCAGAAAGAUCUUAAAAUCCGAGACCCGGUUUACUUUGCACCAAAAAUCAAAGAUUUCACAGACUUCAUCUUUACAGAGCAACUUAAAGUGUUCAAAGGGUCAGAUGCGUCCUGGAAAAAUGACCAGGAACCACCUCCUGAGGCAAUAGACUUUAGUGAUGAUGAGCAAGAGAGACUGGCCAAACAGAAGCUGAAAGAGCAAAAGAGACGACAACAGAAUGAUUCUAAUUCAGAGGAUGAAUCCAAUGCCCAUAAAGCUCCACUUCCUCAAAAAUCUGUCCGGAGGAAGCCCCGACAGAACCGCAACGUUCCACGUGGGCAACACCACAACCCUGGUGGCGGUUUCCAUAGCAAUUAUCAUGCACAACCCCACUUUCCACAUUCUGACUACAUGUACCCUUCUGAUCCACGCCUGUUUCCCUUCCAGGGCCCAAUGUACCCUCCCUAUAAUAGACCACCACCCUUUCACAUGGGCAUGCACCCAUGGCCCCCAGGGGCCAAUCAGGGCUUUAUUUUCCAUCCCCCACCUCCUCCCCCACCACCGCCAUCUAAUCAUUAAACUCAUGACUGAAUAUUCUUUAUCACCAAAUGCCCAACUUGCGCCUAACAAAGGGAACACAAUCUUUGUAUACUAACAUAACUGUAUACAAGUGUAUAGUAUGAAUUAAGCAGCCUUGUAUAUUAUUAGUGUAGUUUUGUAUUAAAAAUGCUUAAUUUCUCAUUUUCAAUGUGUCUUUUUUUACUAUGUGUUUUUUUUUUUUUUUAGGUAUGAGUUUUUGAUUGCUUUGUAUUCUAUGCUUAGUAUUCUAUUUUUGCAGCUCUUUUGUACAUACAAAAAGGAUAAAAUUCACAAAAGUCUAUUCUGCUGCCCACAAAAGAAAAAUGAACACUAACUCUGAGGAUGAGCAAUUGUAAUAGUGAUGCUUUUCUGAGCACCACUAAAAAUCCAUUUCUAGGCCUAUACUGUAAAUAAUUUGUCAGCUGUGUUAAAUUGAAUCUACAAAAACUGACCAUUUCUGUAGGCUUUAUUCCAUGUGUAAUUUCCCAUCUGUAUCUAAAUAUGUCCAGAACAGCUUCAGUUCCCUGACCUAUCCCAUGAACCCAUAUCCCAUACCCCUGUGUUGCUUUUCCUCCUGAUAUUCAGGACUUCUCUGGAUGCUCUCUUUCUCUGUGUUUUUUUUGAAGCUGUAUAGUUGUGACUUCAGCAACCCAAUCAUUGUGACUCAAGGUCACGGUGUGUUUGUAGCAGAUAUGCAAUGCCCAGGGCAGUCCAAUACAUCUGGGCAGUUUAAUUUCCUUAAAUGCAAAAUGGGGCACCUGGAUGGAAAGUGUGGACUGAAUUUGUGUUCCGAGAUAUUUUUGAGCCAUUGAAACAGGAAGGAAAUUAGGCUUGUUUAUCUCACAGUGUUAUAUCGAUCCUUUUCCGAUUUUAAAUCACCAGGCCUUUAUUACAUAUCUAAAAAAUAAAAUAAUAAUAAUUACUAGUAAUAUUUACUUAAUGUUUUUCUAAGUAACUUUUAAUGGUUUAAAAAAAAAAGUAAAAUUGACUAUGACAUAAUAUUGAUUAAAGUGAGUAAAUUUAACAAACUUUUCAGUUAAAACAUUUGACUAAAUUACAAAUAUGAUGUACAUGAUACUUAAUUUUAGUACAUUUUAUUGGAAAAUUUUACAUUUUGAACUUGUAGACACGUUUAACCCUUCCUUGGCCUUGCGGAACUUUUGGACCAUUUAGAACCAUUUUAAAUGGGUCUAAAUGACACAAUCCUGCUGUUUUAUUGUCUAUUUGUGUCUUUGUCAGUUGGAUUUUGACCACUUGUUUGUGUGUGGGGGGGGUUAAUGUUCAUGGGGAAAAGUUGUGAUUUCAUGCUGUUUGAUUUUGCAUUUUCUGUUGUGUCUAUUUGAUUUGCU